AUGCCCAACCGAACGUGGAAUAUUGUCGACAAAUUUUUCAGUGAAAAUGAAUUUCAAUCCUUUAUCGUACAAAAUGCUGUAUCUAUAAAACGUACAGAAGAAAUUGAAGCUGGAAAGAAGGUCAUAUAUCGAUGUUCAAAGUACAGAAAAUAUCCUGAGUGCGAUUUUCAAGUCAAAGUUAUUUUUUCUUAUGAUGGUGGAAUAACAGUUUCAACAUCCAAUGAACAUAAUCAUGCUCAUCGUGCAUCAACAACACGAGCACCAUCACCAGUUAGAGAAAUUGUUAUAAAUUCUGUUGCAGCUGGUCUUUCUUACAUUCAAACACAUCGAGCUAUUGAACAUCAAUAUGAAGGUGUUGUUUCACGUUCACAAUUAUGUAGUUUAUUAAAUUACCAUCGAUCACUAAAAUUACCCGAUGUAAAUUUUGUCGAUGAUUUUUUUCUGUUAUAUAAAAUUAUGUUAUUUUUUUUGAACUAA